AUGCCUUCGUUUUUCUACCAUCUCAAAUUCGAGCUUUAUUCGACGCCUACACCAAACGACCAGCCUGGUGUUCCAGGUGUUCCGGACGAAUCGAGCGGCCGUAUCUGGCUGCCCCCCAAGCACGCCGACAUCUUCGACGAGCUGCCCGACCACCGUCGUCGCAACCUGCCCUUGCUCGGUUAUCGGCGUGGAGAACCGAGUAGGCCAAUUCCAAAUAUCGCAUCGCAGCUUCGGUCCAGCCUCAUCGACUGUGGGGCUCCGCGACCUAACCAGUCCGAGGACGAGCGGAACAUCAUUGUGCUGAGCGAGAGGCAACGUCUACAGCUUCGCCAGCGGACACUGAGCUUCCCGCCUCCGCAAUCUUCCGCUGCCAUUAAGCCCGAGGUCGCCGUCAAGGACUGGCGUUUCGACCGACUGCAUAUCGAGAGCUUGGACGUGGGAACACCUAGAGAGGGCAGCUACCGAGACAUGGCCGACGAUGGAACCUCGGCGUCCACAGCUGCUGUGGCAGUUGGCCCGUCCAUGAGCCCGGCAGGCAAGGCUACGAAAGCAAGAUAUGUCCCGUUCAAGACAAAGAACACAGAGAUCGGCUGGGGCAUUGUGCACCUCUACCGUGAGGGCGAGGAGACUCCGGAGCUUACGGUGCCGGUUGGCGGCCCGGACGAAACCGAGGCCGGCGAGGGACAAGCACCUACGGUCGACUGUACAACUCUGUGCAUACCGGCCGUACCUAGCUAUCUAUCGCCGAGCGAUUUUCUCGGGUUCAUCGGUGAUCGAUGGAGGGAUCAGGUGAGCCAUUACAGGAUCAUCAUGACCGGCCGCAUGAACCGAUACCUGGUACUCUUGAAGUUCCGGGACAGCAAGCAAGCAAGGCAAUUCAGGCUCGAGUUCGACGGCAAGGUUUUCAACGAUAUUGAGCCAGAGACGUGCAAUGUGGCUUUCAUACGAUCCAUCACGUUCGAGACACCCAGUCGACCCAACGAGAGCUUUCCAGAUCUCAGCCAUGACCCGUUCACACCGUCGGCCGGCUCCCUCAAGCCGUUCCCUCCCCCGACGCCGAACCUCAUAGAGCUCCCAACGUGCCCUGUGUGUCUCGAACGCAUGGACGACACAACCGGACUACUGACUAUACCCUGCCAACACGUUUUUCACUGUCUCUGUCUACAGAAGUGGAAGGGAUCGGGCUGUCCUGUUUGUCGACACACGAAUCCCUCGCUAGCCAUGUCAAAUAAUACAAACGGCAACAGCUCAUUAUCCUCCGCUUCCGGGUAUGACCCUGCUAACCCCUAUACUCAGCCAUUCGGCUCGCACAUCACCAACCUUUGCACCGUCUGCGACACCCCCGACGAUCUCUGGGUCUGCCUGAUCUGCGGCAAUGUGGGAUGUGGGCGCUAUAAGGGUGGACAUGCGAAGGAGCACUGGAAGGACACGGCGCACACGUUUGCUCUCGAACUUGACACGCAGCAUGUGUGGGACUAUGCUGGCGAUAUGUGGGUGCACCGCCUGAUCCGGAACAAGGGCGAUGGCAAGGUUGUCGAACUUCCGGGUCACCUCGACAGCCGUCGCCGCCAUGACCAAGACGAUGACGUGGUUCCUCGGGCCAAGCUCGACACGAUUGGGAUGGAGUACACUCACCUCCUGGCCAGUCAGCUUGAGAGCCAAAGGGUAUACUUUGAAGAAAUGCUGUCCAAAGCUGCUGACAAGGCAGCCACGGCCUCGACCGCGGCAGAGAAGGCUGCUGCACAAGCCUCAGAAGCCCUGCGGCAGCUCCGCUCACUCAGGGAAGAACACAAUGUGCUCAAGAACGACACGAUUCCCGCCCUUGAGAAGGACGUGGCACGCGAGCGCACGCGCGCCACCAAGUCGACGGAACUGGCCCGGAACCUGGGCAAGAGCCUGCAGGAGGAGAAGAAGGUCAGCGAGGGGCUCAUGAAACGGAUCGAGCACGUCAACAAGGAGCUCGAGAGCCUCGGGGAGCAGGCCAAGAGGAUGGAGCUCGAGAACACGGACCUGAAGGAUCAGAACCACGACCUGACCAUGUUCAUCAGCGGGCAGGAGAAGCUCAAGGAGAUGGAGGCCGAGGGCCAGGUCGCGCAGGAGGAGCUCGAGUCGGGCAGUGCCAGUGUCCCAGAGAGCCGGCGGCGGAGAGCCAAGGGGAAGGGGAAGGGCUAG